CUACUUGUACGCACUUUUACCAGAAGGUGGGACGGGAAAGGGGGCUGGUGAGAUCAGUAAUCGCCUGGCGUGCAACGGUGAACACAGCAAACUUCAUUCCACUUAGACUCCUAUUACAUUAAUCUUUCUAACUAGCGGUAAUAGUAUCUGUGAAUAAUGUCGAACCUCUUAGCAGCAGCAAAACCGCCAGGUGGGAGAAAUGGAAGUGUAUACAAGGAUCGGGACAAACCGGCCCAGGUUCGUUUCAGCAACAUUUCUGCAGCGAAAGCUGUUGCCGACGCUAUCAGAACCAGUCUCGGGCCAAAAGGCAUGGACAAAAUGAUACAAGACGGGAAAGGUGAUGUCACCAUUACCAACGACGGAGCCACCAUCCUCAAGCAGAUGCAGGUCUUGCACCCGGCUGCUAAAAUGCUGGUGGAACUGGCCAAAGCUCAAGACAUCGAGGCUGGGGAUGGCACCACCUCUGUGGUGGUGAUCGCUGGUGCUCUCCUGGAUGCCUGCUCCAGACUGCUUCAGAAAGGUAUUCACCCCACCACCAUCUCCGAGUCCUUCCAGAAGGCAGCGGAGAAGGGGGUGGAGGUGCUGACCGGCAUGAGCCAGCCAGUGGACCUGGGCGACAGACAGACCCUGCUCAACAGUGCCACCACCGCCCUCAGCUCCAAGGUGGUGUCCCAGUACUCCAGCCUGCUGGCCCCCAUGAGCGUGGACGCCAUCAUGAAGGUCAUCGACCCCGCCACGGCCACCGGCGUGGACCUCCGGGACGUCCGCAUCGUCAGGAAGCUCGGAGGGACCAUCGACGACUGCGAGUUGGUGGAUGGGCUGGUGCUGACGCAGAGGGUCGUGAACUCGGCCGUGUCUCGGGUGGAGAAGGCCAAGAUCGGCCUCAUCCAGUUCUGCCUGUCUCCGCCAAAGACGGACAUGGACAACCAGAUCGUGGUGUCGGACUACGUGCAGAUGGACCGGGUGCUGCGGGAGGAGCGGGCGUACAUCCUGGGCAUGGUCAAGCAGAUCAAGAAGGCCGGCUGCAACGUGCUGCUGAUCCAGAAAUCCAUCCUCAGAGAUGCCCUGAGCGACCUGGCCCUGCACUUCUUGAACAAGAUGAAGAUUAUGAUCAUCAAGGAUAUUGAGCGGGAAGACAUUGAAUUCAUCUGCAAGACCAUCGGCACCAAGCCCAUCGCCCACAUUGACCAGUUCACCCCCGAGAUGCUGGGGACUGCGGAGUUAGCCGAGGAAGUGAGCUUGGAUGGAUCUGGAAAGUUGGUCAAGGUGACAGGCUGUGCCACCCCUGGCAGGACUGUGACUAUCGUGGUGCGCGGGUCCAACAAGCUGGUGAUCGAGGAGGCUGAGCGCUCCAUACACGAUGCCCUCUGUGUCAUCCGCUGUCUGGUGAAGAAAAGAGCCCUGAUUGCAGGCGGCGGUGCCCCUGAGAUCGAGCUGGCGGUGCGCUUGGCGGAGUACGCGCGUGCUCUGGGAGGUGUGGAGGCGUACUGCGUGCGCGGCUUCGCCGACGCGUUGGAGGUGGUGCCCUCUACGCUGGCGGAGAACGGCGGCCUGAACCCCAUCUGCACCCUCACCGAGCUCCGCAACCGGCACGCCCAGGGCGAGAAGACCGCCGGCAUCAACGUCCGCAAGGGAGGAAUCUCCAACAUCCUGGAGGAACUGGUGGUGCAGCCUCUGCUGGUGUCCGUCAGUGCCCUGACCCUGGCCACCGAGACCGUGCGGAGCAUCCUCAAGAUCGACGAUGUGGUGAACACUCGAUAAGGAAUGCCGGUGAUGAGGACCUCCAAGGGCAUCCUGGGAUUGAUCUUGUUGGACCAAGUACUGAGAUGCCGUUUAGUUACGGCGUUCUGUGUUCAGUGUUCAGAAGGAACUGAAAUGUUUGCCCUUGUUUGCUGCAGCCUUUGUAUGUUUCUAGUUCCGUUUGCACUAGCCGUGUGUUACUGGUUCCGUUUGCACUGCUGGCUAUCACUGUUGUGAAUUUCUUUUGCUUUUUUCUUAACAAGACAUGGCUUUAAGGUCUUGAUUUAAAAAAGCAACAGGAGGUCAGUUUAAGGUUGGAAUCAAUUCUAUUUGUGUCUGGUUGGUGGGAUUGCACUCUCGUUGAUGAAAGCAGUCAUUUAAUAAAUUGAAUGAUUAAGAA